AAUGAAAAUGUGCCACCACUGUAAAAUGAUAUAAAUACAUAUAUUGUAACACUUUAAUCCGUACUUCUGCAGACGUACGGUGGAAAGUUGGGGUAUUGCGAAACGUACAUACACCGAGACAAACGGGCUAAUAUCUUUGCUUCCCUGAAAUUGAAAAUCAAAAUGGAGCAGUAUUCAAUUUUCCUUCUUCUACCACUUUUGACAGCAUGUUUAGCUUGCACCUCUUUUCCAUCGGACCUGAGCGGACAAUGGACAGAUGGGAGCACAAACAAAGGUAUCACUUUCCAGUCCUCGGGGAUCACGGGAUGGGAGGUGUCCAUGUUUAACCAAAAGGUCAGCAGCUGGAAAUGUGUUGAUGAGGAUGCUAACCAAAUUUUACUGAGAUCUUCCCCACAAAUAUUAAUAUUUGGAUUGGAAUUCGUCGUUUACCGCUGCAUGAAAUGGGAGAAAGUGAGCAGUUGUAACUACAAAAUCACAUUCAACAGCAAGAAAGAGAUACAGACGGGGAAUGAACGAGUGGUCGUUUUGAGGAAGAGUGACGAGGCUAAGAUCUCCAUGUGUUCAGCGGGUGUGAAGGAGUUUCGUACUAUCAAGAAAGACACAUGCAGCUGAAUCCUUUUCUUAGAAGAUCAGCAGGGUAUCGUCUACAAAGCACAAAAUGUAAUGGAAUUUUCCUUUUUCGGUGCUUUCUAAAAGUUAAUGAUAGAUGUAGUUUUUUGGAUUAGUGUGUCUUUAACAGGAAAUCAAAUUGGUUAUAUAUGUAUGUUAAUUUUGUCACUUCUAAUAUCUUAAAAUAUUCAAAAUUAAAAAGAUGGUAACUUUU